GUUCGCGUCACCCGAGAGCAUCUGCUAAAGUUGCAACAGCUCAAGCAAAUACCGGACGAGUAGCCUCUGCGCGCAACAGUACUCACACGCUUCCUCUCCACAAUAAACGGUCGAACCAGUUUUGAAUUGCGCGACGAUGCCCGACACUUCAUGAUAAACCUCCCAGAAAUCGCAAUGGAGUCCUCCAACUCGGCUCUCACGCUUCUCGAUAAUACCUCGCACAUUCCAAUCGCGGAGCUAUCCCCCAGCAUCCCAGAACCAAGCUCGAAAGCAAUCAAAGCUAUUGUAACUUUGACCUGGCCAUAUAGCUCUGCUACUGGAUGUGUCGCAUACGCACUCUCCGAACCUGAUUUCCGUCUGCGUCGAUCGAGGGGCCAGGUGCGCGUGCAGUUUGCGGGAUCUAGUGCAAAGCGCGUUGCGAAAUCGAGUAUCGCCAGUGGAGAUGAGGUCGUAUUGUGCCUAGAUGGCGUGGAAUGGAUAAAGGAUAACAGCACCACGGUUUCUGCUUCUGGAAGAGGUGUCGAAUUUGAAUUACGAUUUACAGAAAGAGUCCUUCUCAAGGUAAUAUCAGAUGGAUCCACUUGCUGUUGAAUUUCCGCUCAUCAUUUUGCAAUAGUUUCGGCAGGAAGAGGCCCACGAAUUCGAGAUCAUCGAUAUAGACCACCCUCCACCAGAAUCUGAGCUUCCUAUCAAUUCAAUAUUGCCAGACGCUGUCCCCGAUUUCGUUCCAGUGCCCCCCGUAACAACGAACGGUACCUCCACUCGAGACGAAUCUCUAAUUGAUAAUGGCGUAUAUUCUUCUCCGGCCUUUGUUAAACGUGCCCGGACUUCCUAUGGUUCUCUUUUUGAAUUGGACCCAUUUGCGGACGAGGACGGAACCGUGAAUGGUAAGGGAAGAAAACGGACAAGACUGAGUUCCACAUGGACAUAUGCUAGCCGGUCGCCAACUCCGGAAAGUGAAGAUUCCAUGGAAGUGGAAGUUGUCAAUCCGCCCGUUGAGACACCAAAGCCUGUGAUGCAAGAUGAGGGAUGUCAAACUAUCGGCCUAGAGGUCGAUGACGCCGCAGAAUCUCUGGCGAACUUUGCUCAACAAGCUGUUAAUGCUGGUGGUAUUUCAUAUGCAGGCCUACAGCCCGUUUUGGGAAAUGUGUUCAACCCAAUCAAUUUGAACGAGAACCAUAUACAAGCACCAUUAAUCCAAAGGGAUUUUGCGGAACAAAACGGCAACUCUGCUGAUGACAACCUGAGUAUCCCUCAAUCGCCUAAAUUAAUGCCCCUGUCCUCAGAUUCUUUGCCCCUUGUUUCUCCUCUCAUUUCAAGAGGCUUUUCCAUGAGUAGCUUCCAGCCAACGCCUACUGUAUCCGAUCCCAGUCAAACCCAAAUUAUGCAACCGCCGAUUCAAGCUGAUCUCUUGAAUGAGGACGAAACCGAAAAUUUAUACAGCGCAAGCCCAGUUGCGAAAAGGAGAGAAUCUGCUGGACCACCUGGAUUCGCCCCAAAUAUUCCGGAGGUUAACAUGUUAGAUCCUUCACAUGCCGAAGAAGGGUUUAUCGACCGUGCUCUUUCUAGCCAGCAAAGUGCAAUGGUAUCUCCUCACUCCCACUUACCUUCCAAUGCCCCUGAAGAUUCUACGGAAAUCCCUGAUGAUGAUGCCUUUGGUAUUGCAAAGCACCAGCAUGGACAGUUUGAUCUGGUAGACCUACAGCAUGAUUCAGCUCCAGUACACAGUCUCACUGAAUAUCCUGAUCUAGAUGGUUUACCACAGCAAAUUCCAGCCUGGGCCUCGGUGCCAAAACCCAUGGGCUAUCCAGACUUACCAGGCCCCAUGGAAACAGAUCCGUCUAUUGAUCACCAGGAGCGUCAUCAAUCAACAGCAAUGUCACGUUCACAAAGCGCACGCUCACAGCAAUCACAAGUUGUUGACUUGACAGAAAGUGACGGCGAGCAUGAUCCACAUGGAGAAAUUGAUGCUGGCAACGAGUCUUUGGAAGAUUCGGACGAUCAGUUUGAAGAGGAUUUGGAAGAUCCUAUGGCACCUCGUUACUAUGAGGGCGAUCCCAAUGUUGACGAAGGCUCGCUUGGUGAAGGCGAAAUGACCGAGAAUGAGUACACAGAGGAUGAGGAGGGUCGACUAGUUCGGAAAUACCCUGAUGAGAACGGCGAAGAGCUUGAGGAUGAAGAGUUCUCGGAAAUUGGUAGCGAUGAUGAUCAACACCCAAGUGGCGUUAGUCGCAUAUCGUAUCCGCAAGGUUAUGUAGAGGAGGAAUACGAUGAAGAGGAAGAGGGAGGAUACGAAGACGAUGAUGAGUCCAUGGAGGACGAAGAGCCAGCGCCUCCAUCAGCUCCUGUUUUCAUUGACUUGCUAUCUUCUGACGACGAAGACGAGGCUCCGCCUGAGCAGAAAUCAACCGUGACUCCUCAACACAUAGAACCUAAUACUAUUGACAAUGAAGCGGGAGAAGAGAGCGAAUCGGAUAUUGGCCUCGUAGACAAUGAAAAUGAGUCAGAUGCCGAUUCUCAGUCCUCUGAUAAGAAUGGGGUCAUUCAAGGAGAGGUCGAGGGGAUGAUUGACGACAUUGAACAAGAAUCUGAAGAAAGUGAGUCGGAUACUGAGAUUCCAGGUGGAGAUGUCGUCCUGCAACCUUUAUCAGAGCCAUCCGAUAAGCACGAAGAUGCAUGGGAAAACGCCCAGGUAGUCAUUGAGGAGGUAGAACACGAGCUUGGUUCGGAAGUUGGUAUUCCAGUCGAGCAAAUCAGUGCGGAGAUCGAAACAAAGUCCUCAGACAAACUCCCAACCGUUCAAGUAGUGAUUGAGGAAGCGAGGGAAGAUACUGGAAAACAAUCAGAUCCAGCUGUUGAAAUCCCGGGCGACGACCUGAGCACCAACUCCGAAACCAAGUCUUCUAUGGGCCUCGAGGCUUCUCAGGUCCAGAGGGACGUAGGCAAGGAUGCGGAACAAGACUCUAAGUCUGCCCCUGAUGUAGAGAGUGAGCCGGAUCCGGAGCAAAUGGAUCUGCAUGGCCCCGAUACCAUCGAAGCAGAGAUCCAGGAAGGAGUUGAGAAUACUGACCCAAAAUCUUCCUCCGAGUCUGGCAGAAUUGAGACUGUUUUGGGAGAUAUCCAGGAGAUAAGCGAGGAUGCCGAACAAGUGUCUGCAUCUGGGUCUGAUGUUGACGAGGCAGAAAGCGAACCAGAAGAGAUGGACUUAGUUCCGACAACAACGUUCAAUGAAAAUCCCCAUGAUAUCAAUACCGAAUAUGGAGCCAUUCCACAUAAGGCUGGGGGUGUCGAUGUGGAUAUAGGAGAAGUUGAAAUGGACGAAGAAGACCAGAGUGGCGAAGCUGCCGAUGAGCAGCUUCAAGCUGAAUCGGAAGUCCAAAAUGACAAAACUGUCAUGGAGCAGGUUCAAGUUGAAGACGAAGUGCUUGAGGAUGACCAAACAGCCGAGAUCAAAAUGACUGAUGAGGCUGAAACAAAAGAAAACGACAACAUCCAAAGUUUAGAAGAAUCGAAUGAACAAGCAAGUGACGCGGAGCCAAUGGAGAUUGCUGAGGGAGAUGUGCAAGAGGAAUCUCGAGCGCCAUCUCAAGAAACGGAGGAGAAAACAAGCUCAAGACCAGCAAGUACUGCCGGUGACGAUGAAGCUGAUGCAAUGGAGGUUCAGGAGGAUACCCGUGAAGUAUCUGAAGAGAUUGAGGAGAGACUACAAUCAGGAGGUGCAAGUUCUGCCGACCAAGAUGAAGUUGACAUUCAGGAAAGCCUCCUCCGCGAGGUAUCUGAAGAAGUUAUGGAGAAGCCAGAAUCAGAAGCCGCAAGUGCUGCAGGUGAAACUGAUUUGGCGGAGAUCCAGGAGGAUGAUGAAGAAGUUGAAGAGUUUGUCGGAAAUAUGGAUGCCGAAAAAGCUGCUUCACAAGAUGCUGACCAGGAUGCCGACGAGAAAGAUGUUGCUAAUAUAACCUCGGAGCUGGAUAAUAACGGAGACAAAGUGGAUAAAAAUACCACUACUGAGCAAUACGCUGCGUCGCCCCGAACUCGCAAGCAGAAGGAAAAUUCUCGAACUAACAGACCAUUUGGAUCAGACGGUUCUCAUGACAUAUCGCCUAAACGCACACGAAGGGGAAGAAAAAAUGUCCAAUUGUCGACCCCUGAUGAUACUCAGAUAUCGCCGACCAUGGCUUCUGCGGACGUCUCCUUCACGGAUUCUCCUGAGUCACAGUCUCCUCAAAAGUCCAAAUCGACUACCGAGUUACCCCCUAGCCUUGAUAUGGACGAAGCUCUUCUAGAUGAAUCUACAGUGAUCGAGAAAAGAGUCCAGGAAGUCGAAGCGGCUGCUAUGGACGAGGUCACCCUUACAAAUGAAUCUACAUUGAUCGAGAAAAUAGUUGAAGAGGCCAAAGCAGCAGCUUUGGAAGAUAUCGCUCAAAGCCCUCCAAAAGACGAGGAGCCUAAAAAGUCCACACCCAAGAAAGUCGCUGGUAAAACGCGAUCGAAAGCUUUACCUGAGCCGGAGACCACGCCCGUCCCACCUCGAAGAAGCAAUAGGCGGGCCAGGUCUGCGAGCCAAAGCGUUCUACCGGAAACGCCGACCAGAUCUGUUGCCAAUGAGCCUCCUAGUACUCCAAUUGAGGAGUCGACAGCAAUGUCGGUGGUUGAUCAACAAUUUUCGCCAAUGAAAAGCCACGAUGCGAGCGUUGAAUUGGCUCUCUCAUCGCUAGAAUCGCCCUCGAAACAACCUAAUCCUUUAGCCUCUCCAGUUGCUCAGCUGAAGCUACAACUUCAACAUUUAAGAACAGAUUACGGCGAGUUCACAUCGUUGAAAGUGGUUCGCCAUCACCAAAAUGCGAAGCUCGACGUUUUAGCUAUCGCCACGACAAACUCGCCAGAGCCGAAGAGACUCAAGAAUCGCAGCUCUCAAGUAACAUUCAAUAUAACGGAUCCUAGUACCGCUCCUAACGGCGUCACUGAAGUCCAAGUUUUCCGACAAUACAAGGACGCUUUACCUGUAGUGAAAGCUGGCGAUGGAAUUCUCCUUCGCAACUUCAAGGUCGCACCCGGGAAGAAUCGGAAUGUUCUGCUUUCCGCCGACCAAAAUAAUAACACGGCUAGUUGGGCAGUGUUCAGAGGGGAUGAAGAUGAGCCGCCUGAAAUUCGGGGACCGGAGGUUGAGUUUGGCGAUGAGGAGAAGAAGUAUGUUGCCAAGCUCAAGCAAUGGUAUGCGGAUUUGGAGGGAAAUGAUGCAAGCGCAAAGGCGAAACUUGAGAGGGCGAAUGCCGCGCUGGAUAAGAAUAGUAGUCCUGCUGGGAAGAGUGUUCGUCGGUAGUUUCAAUGUGAAUUUUGGAGUGUGCGGGUGAUAUGGUCACAUACAUGCGGGGUAUUGGUAUGGAUGAUAGGUAGAUAUUGUAACAGGUAGCUUACUUUUGCUACCAUGCAAGUUUGGUGCAAUACAUGCAUCUUAAUAUUAAUUUUUUUUGAGG